CUUUCUUUCUCACUCGUCUCUGUCACUUCCUUUUUCUAAAAUUAAUUCGAUUAGUUGCUUUCAAUUCUAUCCUGAAUCACGUGAGAUGUCUCCAUUUCUACUACUCCUUCUCCUCUCAAUCACAAUUUCAAAUAAUCUCAUAAUUUCAUUACAAAGGUUUCAUUUUUCAGUUCUUAACCAAAUUAAGAAUUUACUACUUUCCAUAGAUAAAUUUUAUCGUCAACUUGAUCAUAGUUCAAAUAGUAAUAAAGGUAUAUCCUCCGUUGAAUAUGGUAGUUUCUCUCAUCUUCUUCUUCAUCAUUUCACUUCUUUUUUUUGUUCCCCACCUAGAAUUGGACUGAUCUUUUGCAUUAGAGGUUCCCAACUUUGGAAAAUGCUUGCUUCUUCUAACACCAAUCAGAUCUCUUCAUUUCCAUUUCUGAAUCAAAGUACUACUUCAAUUGAGAAAUCCAUCAUCCAAAUCCAUGAUGAAAACCAUGAUGAUGGUCAAAACCCUAUGUCUAGAUUAUUUGAACAACAAAUCCACCCAUCAUCCUUACAACUCAUAGAUUGCUACAAUUACAACUACAACAACUACUUCAACCCUUUUCUUGAUGAUCAUCAAGAGUUCAUUUUGGGCCACAUUUUGUAUUCUCAAAAACUCCAAUUACUUGCAAACAAUUCUGAUCAAAUUGGAGUUAUUGAAAGUAGCAAUAACACAAACAAUGAAGCAGCAGCAGCAACAACAACCCAUAAUUCCUCCCAAUACAAAGCCAAAACCGAUAAUAGUUCACCAAAAAAUCCCAGAAAGAGAUCAUCAAGUGAGAUGAAGAAGAAGGAUAGACAUAGCAAGAUCUGCACUUCAAAAGGACCAAGAGAUAGAAGAAUGAGGCUUUCACUUGAAAUUGCAAGAAAUUUCUUUGAUUUACAAGAUAUGCUUGGGUUUGAUAAAGCAAGCAAGACAGUGGAGUGGCUUUUUACAAAAUCAAGAAGUGCAAUUAAAGAGGUCAAGGAGAAAUAUUUAUCAGAAGCCAAGUCCAAAAGCUCUUGUUAUUCUUCAACUGAUCUUGUAACAAAUUUAUGUAAGGAAGUAUUACCUAGUGGAAAAAAGAGGAGAAGGAGAUUUAGAAUUGUUGAUAAAGAAUCAAGAUAUAAAGCAAGAGUCAGAGCGAGAGAGAGAACGAGGGCAAAGUCGAUUCGACGCGGUUUGGAGGUAUCAAAAUCAGAUCUUGAAGGAAACCCAAAUGGGGUUCGUAAAUUGGGGGAUGUUAGUGAAGAAAAUAGUAGCAACAAAAGCAAGAUUAGUACACAUGUUUCACUUUGUGAAAAUGAGAAAGUUUUGGGGUCAGAAGAGAAAAACUCAGAUUCUUUGAUUAUGGAUAAAAGGGUUUCAAAGGAAAUAUGCUCUGAAGAUAUUCAUCUUCUGCCUGAUUCUUCCAUGGAUAUGCCCUCCCUGUCCUUGGACACCAUGAAAGCUUCAUCUGCAGGAUUGAAAUUGUUGGAACUAGAUGAGGUUGAUGGUGUGCUGAUCUUCUAUGGAGAAUGAAGAAUGCAAGAAAUUGAAAUCCAAUGGUAUAAGAUUGGAGAAGUUGUAUAAUUAAUUUGUAACUUCAGACAGACAGAAGUAUUUAAUUAAGGUAUUGUGAUCUCAUUGCAAUGAAUAAAUGUUCUUUUUUAAUUAGGGAAAUUUAAACUAUAUAUUCAUCAAUCUACUGUCGUCUCAAGCCCUUCUAUUUUUUCUCUUUUCUUUUUCUUUGGUGGUACUUGUAUCUAUUAAUAAUGGUGUGGGGAAUCCAUGGGUUGCCUUAGCUUGUUAUUUGUACAUUAUAUUUUCAGGUUUUAUCUCCAGUACUCUAUAUCGUUUUCAUCUUUGUCCUUUGGGUGACAA